AUUAGCUAGCCGCUCAAAUCAUAGACACAUCUCGCCGAAACGAUUGUUUUUUCCAGUUCAACCGACAGCUUACGUAGAGGUUAUUUAUGCGGUGCCAAAACAUGUACAUAAAAGCCUUGUUCCGAUGCAGAGACAUGCUGAAAGCAGAACUGAUCGUGUGAAAUGCUGGCUAGCUUAAUCAAAGCUAGCUGACGAGCAAGGGGCCGAGAAACGAAAGUGGCUAACACUAACGAGGGCUAAGCCUUUGAUUCGGAAGCCUGCUGGGUGAGCAGACCCGCCGCUGAAGCCACAACAACAAAGGACUCACAGAUAGUCAUUGUGCUACAAAGGCAGAGCCAUGGGUGCCUUCCUGGACAAGCCCAGGACGGAGAAGCACAACUUGCAUGCUGAGGGCAACGGCGUGCGCUAUGGGCUCAGCUCCAUGCAGGGCUGGCGGGUGGAGAUGGAGGAUGCUCACACAGCUGUGUUGGGACUUCCUGCUCCUGGUAUGACCGACUGGUGCUUUUUCGCCGUGUACGACGGUCACGCUGGCUCCAAGGUCGCCAACUACUGCUCCAAGCAUCUCCUGGAACACAUAAUUGGUGCUAACCCAGGGACCCAAGGCUCCCAGGCCGGUUCAGACGGCUCCCCCAGUGUCUCCCCAGCACUGGCUCCUCCUACAGUGGAGACUGUGAAAGCUGGGAUCCGGACAGGCUUCCUGAAGAUUGACGAGCACAUGCGCAGCUUCUCCGACCUUCGUAACGGCAUGGACCGCAGUGGCUCCACAGCGGUGGGAAUCCUCCUGUCUCCCGAUCAUUUCUUCUUCAUCAACUGCGGCGAUUCCCGAGCAGUCCUGUACCGCAACUCACACGUGUGCUUCUCCACGCAAGACCACAAGCCUUGCAACCCGCGCGAGAGGGAGCGCAUCCAGAAUGCCGGCGGCUCGGUGAUGAUUCAGAGGGUUAACGGGUCACUAGCCGUAUCGAGGGCCCUGGGGGACUACGAUUACAAGUGUGUGGAUGGCAAGGGCCCCACAGAGCAGCUGGUUAGCCCGGAACCAGAAGUGUACGAGAUGGCCCGGGCCCCGGAACAGGAUCAGUUCGUGAUCCUGGCAUGUGACGGCAUCUGGGACGUCAUGUCCAAUGAGGAGCUGUGCGAGUUUGUGAAAUCAAGGCUUGAGGUGUCUGACGACCUGGAGAGAGUCUGCAACGAGGUGGUGGACACCUGCCUGCACAAGGGGAGUCGGGAUAACAUGAGUGUUGUGUUAGUGUGUUUGCCCAACGCCCCCAAAGUGUCGGAGGAAGCUGUGAGGAAAGACGCUGAUCUCAACAAAUAUCUGGAGUCUCGAGUGGAAGAGAUGCUGUCCCGGCCAGGGGAGGAGGGGUUUCCGGACCUGGUAGCAGUGAUCAGGCACCUGUCCACCGACAUCGGCAUGCCCUCGCUGCCACCAGGCGGGGGCCUAGCCAGCAAACGCAGUGUUAUCGAAGCAGUAUACAACCGUCUGAACCCGUACAGAGAGGAAGAUGGGAGCGGAGCUGAGUUGGAGUACCACUGGUAGCUGUCCAGCACAACUGCCUGAUCCCAAAACAACAGGACCACUUUUCCACACAGGAUCACAUUCAUAGUCACCUUCUUUUUUUUUUUUUUUUUUUUCCUUCCUCUGGGAUUGUUUUUGUUUUUUUUGUUGUUGUAUUAUUAUUCCCCACACUGAGAUCAAUCCGAAGCAGAAAUCCUGGAUUUAAAAAAAAAAACAACAAAAAAACAACACACCCGAUGUGGAGGACCGCAGAACAGAUUUAGUCGGUUUCUUUUUCUAGAACAAAACGAGGGGGAAACAAGAACAAACUGCGUUAAUAUCUGAAAGCAGAACUAUAUAUAUAUAUACAGUAUAUACGUAAGAGAGGCAAACAAGCACAGUUUCUCUUGCCCCUCGUUUUUCUUGCUUUUCUUUGUGGUGGUUGGUUUUUGUUGUGGAUUGACGGAGACACAGGAGCAGCUUUGCUCUGAACGCUUUGGGGCUCUGCGGUGCCUUUUUCAGAAUUCAGAUUGAAGGGAGGGCCCUAACAAAUCAACAGCCACAACUACCAAACCAGUUUCCAGUCAGUAAGAUACUGAAUGGACUGAAGUGGUCGUCGGCUACCAUUUUUUUUUUUUUUUUUUUGGCAUUAUUUGUUAUGCAAGUGUGAACUUUACUUGCACCUGACGGGCAGCCGAUCGACCACACAAGCCCGCGACUGCCACCACAAAUCUCAAACUCCGCUGUCCAGCUGAGGCCAGCUUGGGGGGGGUUCUGGGCAUUACUGGUACUCAGAUAGGGGGACCCAACACUUGCAACCUGCCACAACUCCUGGAUUUGAAAACCCCUAAACAGCCCAACGCUUUCUAAAGACUUAUGAGUUAAGCCUGAACACAAGGGGAGCACUAAUGAGAGAGUCUGUCUGAAUCCUCCGUACUGGGUCCAAACUAAAAACCGGACCGGGGCUGGUGUUUCUGGCUGCAGAUAUGAAUUACAUGAAGAUGGUUUAAACUCAAGUGUGAUGACUCUGGCACGUUCUCCCGCUCAUUUUCCUCUCCUCCCAUAGGAUGUUGAUAAACAGCUGAUUUCUCCCUCUCUCUCUCUCUCUCUCUCUCUCUCUCUUUUCUCUGUCUGUUCAUAUGACAGAAGAGACGCCGCUGUCCUUUGCUUUGGCAGACUUUGCCAGAAUCAUAAGCUUUUGAGCCUACUGUUUAAGAGAUAGAAAGAUAGUUAUAUAUUAAAUUCAUAUUUAUACAAACAUAUAUACAUAUAAAUAUAUAUUUUGAUUUGUUUGUUUUCAUCUUAAUUCCCAGACAUGGUAUUCGUUUGUGGCCUAAUGUGUGUGUGUGUGUGUGUGUGUGUGUGUGUCUGUCUGUGUGUGUGUGUGUGUGUGUGUGUGUGUGUGUGUCUGUGUGUGUGUGUGUGUGUGUGUCUGUGUGUGUUUUUGCACGUUUUUUGGGUGUAGACAAAUUUUAAAACGCAACACAAAAAAGUCCAAGUUGCACACACAGUGUUCCCACACAGCAGCGUUCCAAAGACAGGGUAAGGGGAUAAAGAAAUUCCAGCCUCACCUUCUUCUUUCUCCCCCCCUCCCUUUCUCCUCGACACACACAAUCCUGCUUGUGCUACAACUUGCCUUUUUCUAUCUCUCAAAUAACGAGUAACAAAACAAAUAUGCCUCUUUUUGUUUUGAUUGAAAAAAAAAAAAACUUACCUUUUUUUUUUAAAUUUCUUUUUUUUAGUGUUUUUUGGUAUACAUGGCUUUUUAGAGAACUGUGGCUGUGGUCCUUUUAGAUGGAUAAGAAAAACAACAAGGGGAGCAUGAAAUAUACCUUGUACAGCAGAUUGGGAGAGAGGCGUAGGUUUUUUUUUUUGGUGUUUCACUGUAUGAAGUAAAGGAGACACUGUAGGGACUGAUGAGAAAUGCCCCCUUCAUGGACUUACCUCUAAGGCACAGGGUGGUUGCUGGGGAAACCCUGGUUUGACUCCUUUGAUCCACCAGGAGUCCGUUUCAUUUCUUUCAACCCGUACACUAAUAAGUGAUAUUUCAUAAAAAGCCUCCUCUUUUCAGUCUGUUUGAAACAAACGUGGGCAUUGACAAAGUAGAUAAACAUACUUUGCAUGUGUAUUUUUUUCUUCUUCUGUAGAUGCAUUUACAAUAGGAUAUAAGUAAAUACAAAACUGUAAUAUACACUUUUUUUUUUUCCAAAUCAUUCAAUUGUGCUUUCUGAAGUGGUAGUGCUGAAAGAGAAUAGGCCUAACAGAGUUUGUUGGCUGAUUAAUGUUCUUGUGGUACACUUACUCUUGAUGCCAUAUGACAAAUAGGUACUUGAAUGUGUAGUUCUUUUGCAGUUGUUUUUAAUGGGAUGAUUGAUUUUUUUUUCUUUGUUUGUGGUGGAGGGAGUGGGAGGGGUGGGGUCUCUAUAGUUGUGCAUGUUUUGUGAUUGAAGCAGGAGUGUAUUUUUGUGUGUGAGAUGUACUGGGCGAUAAAAGUGGGCGUGUUCAGUGUGGUGAAAACACAACGUUGGAGAGGAAAGGGGAUGAUGGAAGAACAACAUGGAGGAAAGUGGAACAUGUAGCAGGAUCUUAUUUGACUUUUGAUAAAAAAACAAAUAUUUUAAGACUGAAAUUCAGUUGUUUAAACUCGCCAAUAGUUCAUGUUUUUCACUACAUCUGAUGUUUUUCUUGUUCUUAUAUUGAAUUCAAUUUAUUCACACUAACACUUUUUAACGUUGUUCAAGGUUUCACCACACUGAACAAUUCUUUUUUUUUUUUUAAGGUGUAUGUUUAAGCUAAAUCAGACACUGGGCUUGGAGAGAAAUUAAGGGAGGGAAGAAAGAAACAUUAUCUUUAUUUUUUUUAUGUAAUUUUCAUUAUUCACACUGAUUCCACUGCAUGGACAGAUUACAAGCAGCACUGCAGCUUCACAGCAGCCUCCUCAUCAGUCAUUUAAUGACAAAACGAGCUCACUUUGCUCCCUUCAUUUUUGGAAAAAAAACAAAAAAAAAACUAUGUGAGAAUAAUUAUUGUUAAGGAAUAUAAUCUCAAAACCAACGUGGGAAGACUUCUCUCUUUUUCAAAGGAGACUUUUGUAGUUGGGCGAUGCCUGAAUAGAUAGUCCCUGUCUCGUGUUCAGCUUUGAUUUCAGGAUAUGUUAAGCAAAGAGACUUUUGUCCCCUGAAUGUAUCAUUAUUCUGGGCCGCUGGGGUUGAAAUAACCGCAAAGGACACCAGAAUAUUGGAAACGGCUACGAAACAGGAAAAGACAGACAUGACGUUCCUCAUGUUGGCUCUUUAGGAUGGAAAUGAACCCCAGUUCUCUUUGCCACCUCCUUCUGUCAUGUCUUUAUAUACACACUGUUAAGAGUUGACAGGUUUAUGAUGGCAAUGAUAAAUUCCACACUUGUUUUUUUAUUUAUUCCAGUGCUUUUUAGCUCUUAUAAAAAAAAAAAAAAAUGCUGUAUUUUGAAGACAGAACAAGGAAAUGAUGAGCUGGUGUGCAUUUGAGAGUAAUGUGUGACCCACUCACAUAAACUCACCUUCAGGUUUCUGAGACAACACCAUCCUUACUUCCUGUACUAAUUUCCCAGUAUGCUAUUGUGAUGUUACAGACCAUACAGUGAACAUAAACGUCAAUAAAAAGAUGGAUUUAAGUUUAAAAUG